UUCACUCUUCAUUUUGAACUUUUCGUUUAGGUUUUCAAGUUUUGCACAAGGCUCUCCCUUUGAUUGAUAAGUGAUUAAUUUUAAAUUUCUGACAAUUUGAAAAUGGAAGAAUCUGUGAAAUUGCAAGAUUCGGUGGCAAUGGCCGGCUCCAAACGAGAGGAUGCUGUUAAAUUGGACGAUGCCGUCGAUGCGGUUGAUAAACCCGAUGCCGUUCAAACGUCGUCCAAAGGCACCCCCGAAAAGAAAAAAGUAGUUUUGGAUCUGGCCAAGAUUCCCCCGGAAUUUCGCGCCAAUGGCCUGAGCGCCGUCAGUAUGCAGCUGGUGCAGAAGAUGGCCGAUGUGGAAGAUCCUCCAGCCCAGCAGCGCUUCAGUCCGCUCUUCGUCUAUCAGUUUUUCGAUGAGCCCUACGAUCGGGAAGAGCUGGAGAAGAUGGAGAAGAAGGCCGAGAGUAAUGGGGAAACGAAUGGAAAGGCUCAGGAGGAUAUGGAUGCGGAGGAGGAUUCCGAGGAGGAUGGUUCAACCAAUGGCGACGACAGUCAGAACGGGACGGAGGGUGCCGUCAGCAACGAGGAUGUGGAUGAAGGGCUGAUUGUGGGCUACAAGGAUCUGUCGGUGCAGUUGUUCUUCACGCCGGCCACACUGGAACCAUUCCUCCGCGUGCAUUACACUGCGGCACUACCUCCGUCUGAACGCAGUACUCCGGAUCUGUUGGCGGCUGUGGAAGAGAUCUACGGGCAUAAAAUUAUCACGACACCUGAUGCUUUUCAGAUCGCUCUAACCAAAGACCACCAGUUCAAACCCAUCGGCACGAAGCUGCGCACCUUCACGCUCUCCACGAAAGCCGGUGCUGCUCAUAAUUUAGAGCUGUACGAAGUCGGCGACACCGCCAGGGAAUUCGGCUAUCCGAGCCGGUUCGGCGACAUUCUGGCCAAUAUCCAGCCAUUUCUGGCCUGGUUCAUCUACGGCGCCAGCAUCCUGAGCACGGAUGAUACCCGCUGGCUGCACUACCUGCUGUAUGAAGUGAACGGGGAUGGUGUUUACAGUUUGGUCGGGUAUAGCUCCGUGUACCGUUACUGGAUGCUGCCAAAGAAAAACGGCGAGACCAGCGGUGCAUGGAAGGGCGAAUUCUCGACACGCUGCCGGAUUGCACAGUUCAUCGUCGUUCCGCCGUACCAGAAGAAGGGUUUCGGGGCCCGAUUGCUGAAGGGAGUGAUUGAACGUCUGCAGGAGGAUCCAAAAACGUUUGAUAUCUCCGUUGAAGACCCGGAUGAAGCCUUCGUUCGCCUGUACAAUGCCGUCGUAUCGCGCUUGGUGAAGGAUUACAUCCAGCGUAAAGGCAUCAACCUUGAUCUGGCCAGCGGCGUGGAUGCCAGCACCGUGCACUCGCUGUCGGUUGGCACGAAAUUUCCCAAGAAAACGCUUAUGUUAGUGUUGGAUGUUCUGGCCUGCAGCCAGGCACGCACGGUGGGUCAGGAGGCCACUAAGAAAUUCUACGAUAUCAUCUCCAAACGCACCCGCGAGAAAGUGAAGGGCCAACAGCGUGAUUUAACUCGUAAAAUGAAUCGUGUGGCCAAAGGUUACUACACGUUUAGCGAAGACGAGCAGGACGCCGAGCGCCAAAUGUCCACAGCCGGCUGGACAUACAAUCUCAAUAAGGAAAUGGAUUCCGUCAACAAUGAUCUCAAACCGGAUAAAAUCAAGGAGCGCCUGCACGAGACGACCAAGAUGGUCACACACGCCGCCAAACGUAUGGAUGAACUGGAUUUUUAAUUAAUUUUAUUUUCGUUCGAGCCUGUUCGCAGAUGGUAGCUGCUUUUGCCAUUUUCAAGGGUGUUUUAUUGUAUUUAUGGAAUCUUUUUAUGGAGGUAUUUUUGGUCGUUUCAGUUCGUUAAUUUUUAAAACAAUUCCAUGUACUGGUUUGCGAAUUGAAUUUUAACAAAAUAUUUUUUGGGGCUGCCAGGCAA